UCAUCCCACACCCUCAGAUCGAUAUCAGGUUUUCGUGCCAUUCUCUGCGUUCUGUCUUUCACGCUCUCUCUCUCCUGCUCUAUCUUUUACUGACUCUCUCAUUCAAUCAUUGGCUUUUGCUCACUCUCUCUUUCUCAUGUUUUUACAUUAUGGUCGAUUACUGCCGAAUUACUGCAACGAAAACCUGGUUAAUUCUCAAAAUGUCUUCUCAUUUCCUACUGAGGAUAUCUCUCUUGGACAUAGCUUCUAUGCACAGGAAGGAUGGUUGUAAUCCUGUUUAAAGAGUAGAAGAUCACUUAAUAGAUGUUACCAAUGUAAAGUGGUGAAAAAUACAAAGGCAAAAUGUUGGCAAAAUAUGCAUUAUUCGUGAACAGCAUUUUGGUGCUUGUUCUGGGUUGUGUCAUGGUGGCCAUGAGUAUGGUAACACGUUUGCAGCGUGAAGAAAUCAGUCUGUUUGAGUCUAUCGAUAUGGAUCCUGUAUACUUUGUAUUAGGAAUGGGUGCUUUUGUUGUAUUUAUUAGUCUUCUUGGCUGCCUUGGAGCUUUAAGGGAAAGUGUUUGGACUCUUCAUUUUUUCUGUAUUUGUGUGAUGAUGAUAUUCUUGCUAGAAAUUGUCACAUUUGUCUUUGCCCUCACACUAAUGUCAAACAUCCAAGGAAAUAUAACUCACAGUAUCAGCAAAGGUAUCAAACAAUAUGGAUUGAAUCAGAAAAAAGAUGCUGUACUUGAUGACCUUCAACAAAAGUAUAGUUGUUGUGGUACUAAGACAUAUGAAGAUUGGAAUUUUAAUCCAUUCUUCAACUGCAGUGCUCAUGGACAUCUUACAUGUAAGGUACCAGAUUCUUGCUGCCACCCACCAGUCAUUACUCGAUGUGGAUUACUAUGGAAUUUGCCACGAACAAGUCACAGUAAUCCAAACAAACGCAUUUUCAUACAAGGUUGUGUUCCCGUUUUGAUGAAUAUCUUCAAAAUGAAUGCAGUCAUAAUUGGUUUGUCCAUGUUAGUAAUAGCACUAUUGGAGAUUGUAUCAGUUGUACUAGCCUAUCUGACCAUCAAAGGUAUCUACGAGAAGAACUCAGAACAACCAUUUCCUUCUUCAAUUUGAAUUACUGUAUUACCUAAAUGAAAAGGCCAGAUAUUAAAGAAAAUCUAUAUUUCCUACAUAACACUUCAUUUAGAAAAUAGACUUCUCAUUGAAAACAAAAAUUCUUUUGCUAUUUUCUUCUUAGAUGCAUUAAACUAUAAAUUUCCUUCAUU